AGUGAGCUUCCAGUGAUCAGAGUUUGGAUCAGUGGAAUAAUUGUCUGGUUUUCAGUGUUCCUGCCGCCGCUGGAUGACUUGCCGCUCACAUCUCACAUCUGGAUGAAGAAAACCCACGAAGGGGAAGAAGAAGGUGGAAAAAGUGGAGUUACUGGUCAAAAACCUGGAGAUAAACGGCUGCUGAAAGGAACAAAGGCAGAAACAUGCAAGCAGAGAUUUCAUAUCUCCGUGUGUAGGCGGAGGCAGAAUCCGCGCCUGUCGUACUGUUGAUGGAUCCGACCGGUCCAGGGAGCAGGCUCAGAUUGGAAAACGGGGCUGGUUUAAGGUGGGACAUCUGGGUUGGAUCUCAGGGGGAGGAAACGGCUCCUUUGGGGCGGUGGGGCUGCUGAAUCUGGAGGACUGAACUUCAACACUUGAGCGGCUCCGUCGUGGAGAAGAAGCAGGUAAAUCUCGUCGGGAACACGCUGAACUGGAGCAGAGAAAUAAACCAGAAAUUUUCCAAUUAUAUCCGUAAAGAAGUGUAAAUGGGAUCUGAUUUAAGCAGCAGCUGGUGCCGUUGUCCGCGUGGACGUGAACUCACCACGGACUCGACCAUUUUGAGCGUGAAUGUCCGUAAAUAAACGCGUUUAAAGCUGCGGCCUGUCCAGCUGCUUAAAUCAACGUCCAUCCUUAAGUUUUUUCCGAUCACUCCACCGCACUGAAUGCUCACAUCAGACACUGUUUACAGUCUGAAAACAGCAGCAAUCUCUGUUUUUCUUUACGGACUGGAGUUUAUUCUAAAAGCCUGGAUGGAGACAUUUAAUGGAGUGUACACCACACCAGGACAAAGUGGAAUUCAAUCAGACCUCCUCUCCAUGAGGAUGCUGCUGUGGUCCACUGAAGUGACGACAUUUCCGGGCCUGUGUUCAGGGUGACCUGUCCAGAGACGAUGAAUGCCCCCCCGGGGAAGGAAUGCUUCACUCCGUUAAUGUUUCCCUUCCAGAAGCCGGACACCUUAACGCCAGUCGCUGCUGCAGCGUCACAGCGCUGAACCUUCCCAGCAGGCUCCUGAUGGAGGACAUGUCCAUGCCAAACAUCUCCCUGGGCUCCCAGUCUUCAGCACAGCCGCUCACCCUGACGGCGCCCGUCCCAGAGAUCCUCCAAGGCGUGGGUUUGCCUCUGCAGAUCUUCUUUGGCGUGGUGAUGGUGGCCAUCAUGCUGGUGGCGCUGGCGGGGAACGUGGUGGUGUGUCUGAUGGUGUACCAGAGGUCGGCCAUGCGCUCGGCCAUCAACAUCCUGCUGGCGAGCCUGGCGUUCGCAGACAUGAUGCUGGCCGUCCUCAAUAUGCCUUUUGCUCUGGUUACCAUGGUGACCACCAGCUGGAUCUUUGGAGAUGCUUUCUGCCGGGUUUCAGCCAUGUUCUUCUGGUUCUUUGUGAUGGAGGGUGUCGCCGUGCUGCUCAUAAUCAGCAUCGAUCGCUUUCUCAUCAUCGUCCAGAAACAAGACAAGCUCAGCCCACAGCGAGCCAAGAUGCUCAUCGUGGUCACCUGGGGGCUCUCCUUCAUCAUCUCCUUCCCGCUGGCUGUGGGCUCCCCUCUGCUGCAGACCCCCCCCAGGGCCCCUCAGUGUGUGUUUGGUUACAGCACCGAGCCCGGUUACCACGCCUACGUCCUGAUCCUGAUGCUGGUCUUCUUCUUCAUCCCGUUCAUGGUGAUGCUGUACACUUUCAUGGGGAUCCUGAACACCAUCCGCCACAACGCCAUCCGCAUCCACAGCCACCCGGACAGCAUGUGUCUGAGCCAGGCCAGCAAACUGGGCCUGCUCAGCCUCCAGAGGCCCUUCCAGAUGAACAUAGACAUGAGCUUCAAGACCCGUGCCUUCACCACCAUCCUCAUCCUCUUCUCUGUGUUUACAGUGUGCUGGGCGCCCUUCACGGCCUACAGCCUGGUGACGACCUUCAGCAACGGCUUCUACCACAAAAACAGCUUCUUUCAGAUCAGCACGUGGCUCCUAUGGUUGUGCUACCUCAAGUCAGCCCUCAAUCCUCUCAUUUACUACUGGAGGAUCAAGAAGUUUCGUGACGCCUGCCUCGAUCUGAUGCCCAAAUACUUCAAGUUUCUUCCUCAGCUGCCAGGCAACACGAAGAGGCGCAUACAGCCGAGCGCGGUGUAUGUGUGUGGAGAGCAUCGCUCUGUGGUUUGAAGGGAAAAACCCACCGUAACCAACACUUCUUUACGCCAUGUACCCUGCAGCAGUGGCCAUUUUUACUCUCCUGUUUUAUAUUUCUCUUAGUAGGCGCUCAGACUGAAGGUAGCCCUGCAUUAGGCAGGCCGAGGCCUGAGCUGGGGAGGGUUACAGCUGCAGGGAACCAGUCAUACAUGAUGAUUACCUGCCGUUGUUUCAGCUCCAGUACCAAAACCAGACUUUACUUGAGGAUUUUAACGUUCAAUACAACCACAACUCCGAAAAAUUUGGGACGCUGUUUAAAAUGUGAUUAAAAAUAAAAUGCAAUGAUUUAUGAGUCCAAUCAGGUCAUCUUUUAUUCCCAGUGGAAGAUCAACUACAUGUCAGAUGAUGA